AUGACUGUUGGCACUUCCUCUGUGGCUGAAACGAAGGGUGAGCGAGAAGUAUCAGAGAAAUCCCAGAUUGAUGAGGCUUAUUCGUUGCUCGAUGCGCUUGUGGCACCAGAAAGAGUUGUGCAAUUGGCAAUUCUAGGUGUAACUUUGCAUAUUGCAUUUACCGAACUUUACGACCUGAAUAGUGAGUAUCGACUGGUUUUUAGAAAUGGUGCCAUUGUCGCGAUUUCUAUUCUUAUGGGGGCUUACAGCCGUUAUAGAAGUAGUGGGUGGAAUCCCUUAGUGCUUCCUAAAUUUGAGACUGUCUACUUGAUGUAUCUACCGUUUAUGACUCUGCUGCUAUUUGAUAGGUCUCAUGCGACAAUUAAUUGCAGUUUGAUUUUGAACUGCGUGGAAAUGCCGUUGAUGUUCAAGCUGCCAAUGCAAGGCAUUUUUGUGUUACUGAGCGAAUCGAAAGCUGAAUUGAACGAUAAACUGGCCCAAUUGGGUGCUAUUAUCAUCAAUUAUCUGGCUUAUACCCUACUGGCCAAGGCCAGUCAUCUAAAGAGUCUGGAUACCGUUGAUUGUAAUCUUUUCAGUAUCUUACUGACCAAUGUCCUCUAUAUCCACGAUUCCGAAUCAAUAUACUUCCAGGUUUUGAAGGAGACUUUAUCAGCCUUCUUAAUCAUCGUAGGGGUUAAUUACGUCGCUGAUAUUCUUUUGGGUUCCAUAAUGAACGCCUAUUUGAAAUCUGCGGUGAUUUUCAGCUCAUUUGCCGUCGGAUUCCCCACUCUAGUCAGACACCUGCUGAAAAUAGAUGGCCAGGAUCCUUUAGAGUGGCUGAUAGAUUACAUCAUGACUUCUGAUACUCGGCAAAAUCUUUUGAUCAUCUGGUUGACAUCGCUGCUCGUGCUAAUACCCAACGUUUUAAUCCUGAAAUCUAACAUAACUUUAAACUCGUCAAGGAAAGUGUGGCAUUUCCUCAUUUUAUUGCUGAUUACCAAGCCAUUCCAAAUGGACCCAAACUUCGUGAAAAUUUCUUUAGCAGGUUCUAUUGUCCUUUUCCUAAGUGUCGAGUACCUCAGAUACUUAAAAUUGGAACCAGUUGGCGGGUACAUUGAUUCCAAAUUAAGGCUGUUUGCAGAUUUCCGCGAUGAGAAAGGUCCUAUCAUCAUUUCUUAUAUUUAUCUGAUUGUGGGUAUCGCAACACCAUUACUAAUCAACGAUUCUCCUGUUGGGUUGAUCAGUCUUGGAGUGGGUGAUUCCCUAGCAUCCAUCAUUGGCGGCAAAUGGGGUAAAAAAUUCUGGGCCGGCACGAACAAGACUAUGGAGGGCACUAUCGCUUUCAUCGGCAGCACUACGGUGACUGCAAUAAUUUUCAAACAGUACCUGGGCUAUUUCCAAAAUAUCUCCUACUCAAAUCUGAGUGUCGUUUGCACUUUAACCGGUUUGCUAGAAGGAAAUAGUAUUAUAAAUGAUAACAUCAUGAUCCCGGCCUUCAUGCUUAUCGCUGAGCAACUAUUUACCAAUCGAUUAAUUACCACCUGA